AUGGAGUGUCAUUAUAGCAAUAACGACAAAGCUACCGCAUCCGGGGGAGCCGAUGCGCCAAUACCGAGGAGCCAGGGUAUUGGUGGAAAGACAUUGACUGGCCAAAAAAAGGAAAUCCCACGACUCCUUACACCUAAGUCGAAACUGCGACUUGGAUCGUGGAACGUGCGGACCGCCUUUCACUGCGGUCAGAAAGAAAUCAUCGCAAGGGAGUUGAGCAAGUGCCGGGUUACUGUUGCAGCUUUAUCCGAACUGAGGAUCAGCGGCUGUGGAACGACAAGAGUGCAGGUUCCUGCUACGGACGAUUGGAUGACACUGUACUACUCUGGCGGUCAAGAACAUCGUGAUGGUGUUGGGUUCAUGCUCAAUAGCCACGCAUCAAAAUGCGUCGUGUCGUUUCAACCCAUCUCGCCGAGAAUAGCAGUGAUCACUUUGGGCGGAACCGUCAAGUCGCACAUAGUGAGCGUAUACGCUCCGACGGAACCGAGCGACGACGCUAGACCAUACGUCCAAUGUGAUGACGACGAAGCCGCCUUUGGAGACAAAUGUCUAACUAUUAAAGGCCUUGGGCCUUUUGACAAUCAUGAUAAAGGAUGUGGAGAAAAGCAUCAGUUCCACAAACUGCAGAAUGUCAUGGAACAAAAUUGGUUCUCAACUUGGAUAUUCCAAGUUGGGCAAGAGAAAAUUCUGUAUAUAGUUGGUGAAGUGACGUAUGCAUAA